UUUUACACUGCCCAACGUGGGGCCCCGCUGCAUGAUCACAGCGAUUUUGUCUUCUGGCCCGCGGAGUAUAGAGUUUAGUGCCAGCCAUCUCAGAAAAUUCAACUCGGCAAGGCACUUGAAUCCAGUUUCAUCUUUCAUUGCUCUGGCUGGUACAAAUGACUGAUUUUGAUAGCAUAGCAUCUACACAUGAACAUCUUUCUGGUGGAGUUACAUCUCCUCUCUUUUUUCACUCUUUUCGUUAGUGGGCAAUACAUCAGAAAUAAAAGUGGGGCCAACAUGGGCGGCUAGCAGAAUAGGUCUGUCAAACAUAAAAACUAAGAAAGCCGCCAUACCAGGUAUAGUUCCCUUCAAGAUUCGUAAUCCAGUGAACACGAGGGUUGGUGUGUAUCUUGACGCUGGACCUUUCUACCCCCACCUCAUCAAAUCCCACCCUCGCAAUGUCCAGGCAGUCGAUCAGCGAUCUCGUCGACCUCACAGAGCGUAUCACACGCACCUGUUUUUUUUGUUCAGCUGGAGGAGGGUUUGGUGACAUAUGGCGCUGCACGCUACAAACUGGUGCAACACAUGACAUGGUUGCAGUCAAAGCAAUCAGGUUCCAAUCUGGAGAGGCCAGUGCAUCACAGGAAAAGGCGCUGCGACGUGAACUUGGAACGUGGAAGAGACUUGUCCAUGCGAAUAUCUUGCCACUACUAGGCAUAGCAAGAGGUUUUAGCCCCUCUAUAUCUAUGGUCUCCCCUUGGUACGAAAAUGGUUCGCUAGCAGCUUAUCUCCAGAAAUACGAAGGUAUUCCUCUGUCUGAUCGCCUCCGCCUACUUCAAGACAUUGCAUCGGGUCUCCGUUAUCUGCAUGGCAUCCCGGUGGUUCACGGUGAUUUAACUCCAAACAACGUACUCCUGAAUGACGAAAAAAGGGCUGUCCUCACAGACUUUGGCUUAUCGUCCAUGCUCGGGGAUAUCACGGGUUUUUCAUAUCUUGAACGGUCUUGUGCACAACCAGGAGCAAUUCGCUACAGCGCUCCCGAGCUUCUGAUUUUUGGGGAGUCUGAUGCAUCUAUCCGACCAGACAUUCGAAGUGAUGUCUACUCAUUUGGCUGUCUAGCGCUCAAAGUCCUUUCUGGAAACGAACCCUGGUCUGAUGUCAAACACUGGAGAACUAUCGUCAUCAAAGUCGCAAAUGGACGUACACAACAGAGGCCUACCCACAGUCCGAUUUCAGAUGCACAUUGGCGACUAAUACAACAAUGUUUCUCACGACCUCGUGCUCGACCAUCCACAAAUGACAUUCUGAAAUUUCUCAGAAAAGAAUUACAGUCGGAAGAUCAAAAUCAAAAAGUCUCGGCCGUGAAUCGAUCGACCCAAUGCUCCGAUCAAGAUGAAGCUACGGCAUCUCUCAAGUACAAAGUUACUGCCAACACAUUUCAUUUGACACAUGCUUCCGGGACAAGUCACAUUAUUGAUCCAAAUGAACAAAUAGCGUCUACGUUGCUCAGUUCUAUACCUGAUAUUCCUGACAAAGGGAAAGGCCCUGCGCGCAAGUUCAGUUUGAAUUUGUUCCGCCGUAAAAGCGUGCAAUCGAUUCAAACACGAGGCCCGAACAUUGAGGCCCGUUCGCUGACGAUAGUGCAAGACUUUGCCGUACCUUCGGGGGGGCUUGGCAAUACUUUUCAGUGUGUCUUGCGGAACAAGACAAAAAAGGAGAAGGUCGCUGUCAAGUCCAUUAAGGUACGAGAUGACGAUGAAGAGAACAUUAGGGAGGCUCAAAAAAUCAUCCUGAAAGAAGUGCAAGGCUGGAUGUCUCUCUCCCAUGAAAAUCUAUUACCUAUCUACGGUACUACUACUGGCUUCGGUUCUAGCCUUCCAUGUUUGGUUUUGCCUUGGAUGGAGAACGGGUCGUUGACCAGCUACCUGAGCAUCAAGAAUCAAAACCUCCCAAUCGCUACGAAAUUUUUGCUUCUAUCUCAUGUCGCAGCUGGGCUUCAAUUUCGUAAGUACGAAGAUAUUCCGCCAAUUAAGUACACCUCACCGGUUUCAUCAACAGUCCACAGCAAUUCCAUAAUACAUGGCAAUCUCAGUAGUAAUAAUGUCCUCAUCGAUGAGCGCCACAAUGUCCGUCUCACAGACUAUGGACUGUCUUCAGUCGUAUCCAUGUGCGGCGAACUCUUUCAGUCCUAUCAUUGCAGUGCUUUGCGCUGGACGGCCCCGGAAUUGAUCGACGACGAUGACCAGGAGCUCGGUAACGCGUCCGAUAUCUAUUCUUUCGGAUGCAUCAUGCUUCAUGUGCUCUCCGAAAAGUUACCAUACUGGUGGCUGGACGACGUUCUGCGCGUACUUUCUGCGCGACACAAUGGCGUGAAUCCAGUCCGUUGCGGGUCGGAGAUGCAUGAGGAACAUGUGAAAUUCGUCCAGCAUUGCUUGUCGGUUUCUCCUACGGACCGUCCAACAAUGGAUAAGAUCGACGGUUUCAUUGCAAGAUCUACGCGGUCCAUUGUAAAGUAGAGCUGCAUCAUACUCGGGUUAUACCUAGUCACAACCAGAUAUCAAUAAUUAGAUAUCAGGCAUUUGAGGAA